AUGAUAUUUGAAAUGUUUCUAUUCAAUUAUAAUUUCACGCUAAAUUUCAUCAUAUUCAUUAUUUUCUCUAUAAUAAAUUGCUCAAGCUCAUCUCAACCAAGAAAACAAACUCGAUCUUCAUCUUCCUCUUCAGGCGGAUCAAAUGAGCCAAUUCGAGGAAGUGGCACAUUUUCACCAAUUUCACCUGCCACACCACGAUCACCCAAAGAGCCCAAAUCGGAUUUCCCAGUUGCGACAACUCGAAAAUGUGAGAAGGACAAAACAUCGAUAAGUUAUGUGAUUGUACCUCACAAAUCGCUGAGAAUCACAGAAUCUCGUGAAAAUUCGGCGCUUCAACUCGAAAAAAUGCUGUCGGCUGAGAAACCGGAAAAGGUUUGUGAGAAUGCGAGAAGGGAACCUGUCGAGAGAACUUAUUUUGAUAAUUAA